GAGGGGGGUUACCACCCGCUCUGCCCCAGAUCACGUUUGCCACCCACAGCCAAACACUCUUGUCCGAGUCCUCGGGCAAGAGGCGAUUGGGGACGAGUGAGCUCGGCAUCUCAGGUCCAUUCCGGUCCCCACCGGCCCGAGGCGGAAUAUCCUGCCCCCACCAGGCCACCUCCUCUCGUGGAAUCGGAGCGCCGGCCUCGCAGGAAGGCAGAAGCGAAAUGUAGCGAGCCGGGUGUCGCGGUUGGACGCUCGCCUUGGCUGGGGGUGUAGCGGGGCACACGCGGGGGCUCGAGGAGGACGGCUGAGGGGGAGGAGUGAUGAGAAGAGGGGGUACCCUGCAUCCCCCGAUUCCGCGGGCCCCUGCUUCCACUCUCCAGGCGCCCUUUCUCCCCAGCGAAGCGCAGGUGUUCCACACCGAUUCUUGUGACUUUAAGGACCAGGCAACUGAGAAAUUACAAGAUCUUCUCAAGAAGGGAAGACAUCUCUGGAAGAGAGGGGAAAGAUAGCAGAUACAGGGACCAGUUGAGCCCAACCAAAGUGCUGUGAGAAACUGAAGGCACCCAGCAGGAGUGGGAAGAAGCCCGAGCCUCAGAACGAGGCUCCAUUCCGAACCAUCUGACGGCAUCCAUCUUUUCACAAGAGAGGCACUCCAGACUCAGGUUGAGCUCUUUCCUUCUGCAUGCUCCUGCUCUGAGGGACUGGCCACUGAGAACCAAAGAUUCCCCCUGGCACAGCACCCAACUGCUGGGAGCAGGCACCCAAAACCCCUAGUGGCAGCUGCUGCAUCUGGUGAAGACUUGUGUUUCUUUCCAGCUCCGGGCUGCCUUGCUUGAUGGGGCUAUCUUUCGGGAGAUCAGUUUUUACAGUGCCCGGUAGGAGUGGAGAUCCGUGGGAAGAGGUCCUGCGGCAGUCAAGCCUGGGUUCACCCCAAGACUAAGUUCUUUCCCGAGUCAGAGUUGGAGAGAGAAAGAAAAAUAAAUAAAUUCUCCCCUCCUCUCUUCCCUGCCUGUCAUGUCCUCUAAGCCAGAGCCAAAGGACAUCCACCAGCCGAACGGUACUGGCCCUUCUCCCUCUCCCUGUUCUUCGGAUGGCCCUGGGCGAGAGCCCUUGGCUGGGACCUCAGAGUUCCUGGGGCCCGAUGGGGCUGGGGUGGAGGUGGUAGUGAUUGAGUCUCGAGCUAACGCCAAGGGAGUUCGGGAGGAGGACGCCCUGCUGGAGAACGGGAGCCAGAGUAACUGCAGUGACGACGAUGUUAGCACUGACCGGCGUCCAGCGCCACCCUCCCCGCUCAAGGAGACCUCCUUUUCCAUUGGACUGCAAGUGCUGUUCCCCUUCCUCCUGGCAGGCUUUGGGACUGUGGCAGCUGGCAUGGUGCUGGACAUUGUGCAGCACUGGGAGGUCUUCCAGAAGGUGACAGAGGUCUUCAUCCUGGUGCCUGCACUGCUGGGGCUCAAAGGGAACUUGGAAAUGACCCUGGCGUCAAGACUGUCUACUGCAGCCAACAUUGGACAAAUGGACACACCUAAGGAGCUCUGGCGGAUGAUCACGGGGAAUAUGGCCCUUAUCCAGGUACAGGCCACCGUGGUGGGCUUCCUGGCCUCCAUCGCAGCCGUGGUCUUUGGCUGGAUCCCUGAUGGCCACUUUAGCAUCCCACAUGCCUUCCUGCUGUGCGCCAGCAGUGUGGCUACAGCUUUCAUUGCCUCCUUGGUCCUGGGUAUGAUCAUGAUCGGAGUCAUCAUUGGGUCUCGAAAGAUUGGGAUCAACCCAGACAAUGUGGCCACGCCCAUCGCUGCCAGCCUGGGCGACCUCAUCACCCUGGCUCUCCUCUCAGGCAUCAGCUGGGGACUCUACCUGGAACUGAAGCACUGGCGAUACAUCUAUCCCCUGGUGUGUGCCUUCUUUGUGGCCCUGCUGCCUGUCUGGGUGGUGCUGGCCCGAAGAAGCCCAGCCACAAAGGAGGUGUUGUAUUCAGGCUGGGAGCCUGUCAUCAUUGCUAUGGCCAUCAGCAGUGUGGGAGGCCUCAUCUUGGACAAGACUGUCUCGGACCCCAACUUUGCAGGAAUGGCUGUCUUCACACCUGUGAUUAAUGGUGUCGGGGGCAAUCUGGUGGCUGUGCAGGCUAGCCGCAUCUCCACCUUCCUCCACAUGAACGGCACACCAGGGGAGAACUCUGAGCCAACUCCUCGCCGCUGCCCCAGCCCAUGCACCACCUUCUUCAGCCCCGACGUGAAUUCACGUUCUGCCCGGGUCCUUUUCCUCCUCGUGGUCCCAGGACACCUGGUGUUUCUCUACACCAUCAGCUGUAUGCAGGGCGGGCACACCACCCUCACCCUCAUCUUCAUCAUCUUCUACAUGACAGCUGCACUGCUCCAGGUGCUGAUUCUCCUGUACAUCGCAGACUGGAUGGUGCACUGGAUGUGGGGCCGGGGCCUGGACCCUGACAACUUCUCCAUCCCGUACUUGACUGCUUUGGGGGACCUGCUUGGCACCGGACUCCUGGCACUCAGCUUCCAUGUCCUCUGGCUCAUUGGGGACAGAGACACAGAUGUUGGGGACUAGCUUAGCCACUCAGCCUUUCCCCCAUCCCUCUGCACUUUCUAUUUGGAUUUUUUUUUCCCUUUUGGUUCCCUACCCGACCCUAUACUACACUCCCACGUCUUUCUGGGACUUCACUUUGAUACCAGAUUCUCAUUAUUUUCAAUGGGAAUUUUUAUACAUUGAGCCAAGUUUGGAUAGAAAGAAUUCGGGAAGGACAGGUGCGCUGACAUAAGCAGUAAAAGUAGUCUUUCGAGACAAUCACCAAGUGCAAUUCCACGGUGGGUGCCUCCAGAGGAGGUAGAUUGGGACCUUGGCAUCCCAUCUAGCAUCCGGGGACCUUCGCAAUUAGCUUUAGCAACCUCAGCCUCGGCCCUAAUGAGAAACUCUAAGUGGGCUCUGGGUUGUUUUGGGGUUUGGUUGAACAGAGGGAGGCGGGAUAAUUAACACUCCCACACAUGCGUGUACUUUUAUAGAAGUGGACCAGCUUCACAGCACUGGGCAGGAGAAAGUUGCUUCAGCUUCUUGUAAUCACAGCCCUGUUCCAAACCAGCCUGCCCGCAGAGUCGGGCCCAUCUGCACACACGUGCCUUGCCCGACUGCCUGAUUGCUUUCCAGCCAAAUGAGUGGUGGCCUGGGCCCUUCACAGAUCCACGUCAUCCGUGGGUUUCCAAAGGUCCACGUGCCCCCUGAGUCUAGAGAACUGAGUUCAAGCCUCCUCUCAAUUCUCUCCAUGUACUCCAUAUCCGCACAGCUUGCCAGAUGGGCUUCUAAGAUUGGGGACAGGACAAUGGGUUGUGGCAAGUGACCUGGAGAUCGAUGUAAUCUGGGGGGUGUCUAACCACUGUCUCUCGUGACAUAACCACGUAGUCAGUCUUGGCCUCUGUUACUUCCUUAACACGCUCAUUCCAUCACACCAGGGCUCCAUUGGCCUUUCUCUCAGCUUCUGCCCACAGACAUGCAUCCACCAUUCACUCAUUCAGCAAAUCUCAGCCUCUGCCAGAUGAGCCUUUUCCACAGCACCAGCCUGCGAUAAUUCUUCAUUGAGCAGUCGUUAUGGGGUGCCUACUGUGUUAGGUACAGUGCCAGGCAUUGACCUGCCAGUAACUGCCAGGUCAGCCCCUAACUGCAGUGCUUGCCAGCCCCGUUGCUCCGGCAGUAUCAUGUCCUCAAAUACCCUCCCUCAGCUUUUCUCCUGUCCACAUUUCACGACACACUUAGAAGAGGGCUUGGAAUUAGCAAGCUGGGUACCAGUAGGCUGCUUCAGUAUCUGCCUUGUCCAUGAUUAGAAGAAAACCAGAGCCCUUCCCUACACGUGCCCCAAACUGUUCAACCAAUGGGGUGCAGGCUGUUUGUCAGGAACCCGUAAAUUCCCCCCCCUGUGUAGCCUAAAAGAUCAAGGAAAGGAUUAAGCAGAGCCCUUUGUCUACCAAUACUGUGCCUACACCUAGAGACUUCUGAGCCUCGUUUCCCUGACAUCACCUGAACUCAGAACUUUAGCAUUGGACGGAUUCAUAAAGCGUGUCUAGUUGGAGUUGUGUCAAGCAGAUCAGUGUCGUUCUGGGCUUGCUUCUGCUCUUCCCUCUGGCCUAACUCCACCUCAAAACUCAAGACUCUAGUACAGGCAUCAUACCCUAAGACUGCGGCCCCAGGGUCCCCAGCCACUUGCCCUAUCCUGACAUCUGGAGUUGGAUCAGGUUGUCUGGAAACUGAAGCAUCCUUCUUCCUUUGCCUAGAAAACAGAAAGGUAGGCACACCCAGGCUCAGCUCGUGUGAGUAGAGGGGCCUGGAGUGACAGGAGAGUGACUUCAGGAGAAGAUUCAUCUCUUCCCACUGGGUUGCACCUAUUGCAUGUACUUUUGGCCUGAGUGGAAGAAACAAAAUUGGUUUACUUUCAUAUCCUUCAAAAGUUACAGAAGUGUGUCUUAAGAGAAUUAUUUAUAGUUACUAUAACUGAAUUGACAAAUGUCGACUUAACUGAUAAAUUAUAUUUGGUAAAAUAAAAUGGAAGUUUAUUUCAA